UACUGGGUUUAAUACUUUUUACGGGUUUGUUCUUAAAGUUAGGGUUUUUUAAUGUACGACUCCUUUGCAGUCAGCUUUUUCUAAACGCGUGUAAUGUGUUUGAUAUGAUAACGUUUGUGCAAUUAUAGUGUGAAAUUAAAAAGUUUUGUUCAUUUUACUAUCUCACUUGAUCCGCAUUAAAUUUAUCUUAUCUGCUCGGUUAACCAGUCACAGUUAUUAUUCGUUGUCAUCAUUUGCAUUACUUUAUUCAUUCAUUUACGUUUUGCACGUAUUCAAGUUACUUCAUACUGUGAAAUUUUCUUAUUUUUCAUCAUUUCUCGAGGAGAAUUUUAGAAAAAGUUGAUUAAUUCACCCCUCUUCUCAAUAAAUAUGUGUAAAACACAGAUCUAAUUUUGAAUUUGUUGGAACUAUAUAUUUGCUAGUGUGCAUGACUGUCGCUCAUCAGAAGUAAAACAAAUUGAAAAGACAAGUUGCAAAUAAUUCUUGUCGUAGAAUUGAGUCAGGCCCAAAAUGGAACGGAUUUUAACUUCAUGUGAUCUUAAUAAAUCGGAAAUACUUGAAAGUGGUGGUGCAGCAGGCAAAUUGGAUCAAGAAAUUACGACCAAGGAUUUGGAUACUAAUCCCAUGAAAGAUCUCACUAUUCAUCGGGUUCUAGGCGUGGGUUGUUUUGGUUUCGUGUUUGCCGUAUCAAAAUAUCCAUCCAGUGGUCAAGAAGCGCAUAAGCUGUUUCAAGCAUCUUCACCUUCUGGAUGUCCUUUACAAGAAUUCGAAAGGGAAGGACAACUGACAGAUGCACAACAUCCAAAUGUGGUUCGAACUCACACAAUCGAAGUUAUCCCUCAAGGCCAAAAUAUCCUCGAGUUGUAUAUAAAAUCGCUAGAAACACCGUAUAAAUUUGGUAGCAACGUGUCUGAUAUGAUAUACUACAGGUUUAAAGCCAGAACAAAAACAGAGCGCUAUCCCAGCAUCAGAGUAACAAUGGAGCUCUGUGGACCCACCCUGAAGAAUUGGCUGCAAUUUGUAGAAGCAAAUUGUUCCUUGCCGGAAAAAUGUGAUAAGAAUUUUGAAUUCAGAAGAGAAAUUGGACAAGGAAUUAUAGAAGGCUUGAAAUAUCUGCACAACGGGAAAAAUAUUAUCCACAGAGACCUAAAACCAGACAAUAUUUUCUUUUCACUAACAACUAAUGAUGACUGCUAUCAACUCCCUGUAAAAAUUGGAGAUUUCGGUUUGUGUAGACCAGUCGAAGAUGAUAUUUCUAGUUCAAAAACUGCUGAAGUCGGAUCACUUCUCUAUAGGGCUCCAGAUGUCGGAAUGGAUAACGAGGAGAAAGCGAAAUAUAGUUAUAGAGCGGAUUUAUACUCUUUAGGGUUGAUACUUUCUGAAUUAUUUCAAUUUAUUCCACAAGCAUUACGAGCUACUCAUUUUGACGAGUUGGUUUUAGCCAGGGACGAGAGUCUGGUUUUAGAGAAUUCAAGAUUUCCUAAAUUAAAGGAGACCAUCAUUAGUCUCACAAAGAAAAGAUCGAGGGAUCGGAUAAAAUCCAUUAAUCUAGUUGAUCCAUUUAACAUGAAUUUUGAUACUAAUGAGUGAGUAGUUAAUGUAUUAGAAAUAUUUCUUCGUUAUAGCGAAUUGUAAAUAUAUAGUUCCUAGCCCCAAUUCUGAUGUAUAUUUAUGUAUAUGUAUCUGUACGUCCUGUUUUACGAUAACUCUUGUUAAACUUAUCAUAUCGUAUUUAAAUUUACAGCAAAUAAAAUAAAUUAGG